GAUACUCUAGCUAUAAUUCGUGGCAAUUGUAUGAGUGAAUUGGCAGCCAUUUUUAAACUGCUCACUUACUAUAAUAGAACAGGAAGGAUGUGGACAAUGAAAAUCGUAUCGAGAUAGUAAUGUAAACGAAUGACACCAAAUGGCUUAUAAUUGACCGUGAAGGAAUAAAGAGCUCGUAUUGCUCAGUUCGAGUUUCAUUUCUAUUGGACGGUACUUGAGCGAACGAACUGUAUUCCCGUGCGAUAGAAAUGGUGAACUGUCAACACCUUACCAAUCUCAGAACAUGAUUUUAUUUCGUAUAUUUGCCGAGAGUUGGGGCGAUCUUGCCUGAAGCUUGUCCGGUAAAGAUCGCAGAUUACGCGACUGGUCAUCGAAGUGAACGGACACCGGCAUGCAGCAAUGUUGGUUUUAACAUGCGAGAGGAGAACGAGUGCAAAGAUCGUGGCUCUCGAAUGCUAAGUUCCUAUAAUAAUGGCAGAUAAUGUACACAGGAAAUCGCAUAAACUCUCGGAUGGUAGUAGAAAGAUAUCUAAUCCGGUGCAUCGUACGACUACGGAAACGAUUCGGUUAGGAGAGCCUGAUAAACUACACCAGCCGGUUAGCUUGACCACCUCAAGCAACGUGACCAGUAGUAACCAGUGUAGAAAAAAGACGUCGUCUUUUCAAAUUACAAGUGUUACAGUCGGUUGUCGUAUGAGCAACGAUGCCGGCGAAGAUUCCAAUGACGAUUUGGAUGAAUCCCACACAGAAGAUAAUUCUGUGGAACAUUCGCGUAUUACCGAUAUUGAUAUCGAGACGCCUAGUUAUUCGGAAGAUACCUUCUCUAAGGAGGACGUAUUUUUCAACACCAGUAAUGCUGCACUCAGUACUGCUCCGGUGAUUCCUACCAGUUCACAAUAUGGACUGGCCAUUGUACCGUCAGAAGGAAACAGUGUGAACAAUUCUGUUAACGAUAGCAAUAUCAACACAUUAGACAUUACAUCUGUUACCGACAACAAUAUUAUUAAUUUACUGUCGAGUAAUGCUAAACAAGAUUCUGAUUUACGAGAGGUACAUUCACAUGGGAGAAAUGAACGUUUUAAAGUAGUCAAAAUUGAAAGUACUGAACCAUUCAAAAGAGGUAGAUGGACCUGCAUGGAUUAUUUGGAUCAUACAUCGGUAAAUCAACCUACAGCUAUUGGUACCCCUAAAGUUUCCGAUCCAAAUGAGGUGUGCAUAUCUUAUGGGGUUACAGAUAGUGGAAUUGUAAUUCCAGAUGCAUCUAAACAAUCUGUUGUAUCUGACGAUAAGAGCAUUAAUCUUGACGUCAAUGGAACAGUUCACUCUCAUCCUGAUGUGCAGUCAUCGAUUGGUGUACCGAACAAUAGUUCAGUUACAAGUUCAAAUUAUGCAGUAAACAGUUCUAUUCCCCCUACUGUACAGCAUAAUCCCACGCAACCAAAUGUUCAACCACCUUCGCAAAUUCCUCAAUAUUUUCAGUCAUCCGCGCAACAGUUAGCUUCUCAACAACAAGGACAGGGAUCUACGUUGCCAUCUAAUUUACAACCUACGCAUCCAAAUAAUCUUGGACAACCUCAGAGUAUGCCUCAAGGUUCUAUACCUAUUAUAACUCAAACUAGUAGUAAUAGUGUUCCGACUCAACAAAAUAUGACUCAUUCAAAAGAAGAUCCAUAUCUGGGAGUUAGUACGCAAAAUCAAUCUUUACCUGGACAAACUGUUUGUCCUUCAUCGGUACAGCAAACUAAUGUUCCAACUUCUCAAGCAUCAAAUAUACUUGUUACCCAACAUCCAUCCCAACAACAGCAGCAACAGCAACAACAACAAUCGCAGCAUCCACCUCAGCAACAACAACAACAACAACAACAACAGCAGCAGCAACAACAACAGCAACAGCAAUCGCAACACCCUCCACAGCAACAACAGCAACAGCCUCAACAGCCAUUGCAGACACAAAAACCAAUGACUCAGAUUUCCGAGCCACUAACUGCCGUUCAAGGAAUGCAGGGCAUUCAAAGUAUACAUAAAGUUCCUCAAACAGGUACACAACAAUCUUCCUCAACUAUUCAUGCACCAGGACCACCGGUACAGUCUCAAGUUAUACCACCAACACAAAUGCAAACGCAAUCCUCUGGUAGCAAUACUCAAGUGCAAAUGGCUCAAGUGUCAGCUGCUUGUCAAAAUGUUGUGGCAGGAAUGCAGCAAGGGACUAUAACGUUUCAUCAACCUGAUCCAGAGCAGGACUCUAUUUCAGGCAUUGUAACUACUGCUGCAGCACAAUCAGCUGAUGCUACUCUCUUGGAAUCUUUAACCGAAGUUACACAAGGAAGCGAUGAACAUCAUACCCUUGAAGAUAGUGAAAGCGUGUCAGGAACAGGUGCAGUAGCGAUUGAUAAUAAAAUUGAACAAGCUAUGGAUCUGGUAAAAAGUCAUUUGAUGUUUGCUGUACGAGAAGAAGUUGAGGUAUUAAAAGAAAAAAUCGCAGAACUUAUGGACCGUAUUAAUCAAUUGGAAGCUGAAAAUUCAAUCUUAAAAGCACAUGCUACUCCAGAAACAUUGGCUCAAUUAAGUCAAACAACAGCAAAAUUACCCCAAAACAGUUCAGGAAGUGGUCAAUAGGUAACCAUUGUACAUAAGUUUCUAUCAAUACUUUGUCAAGAACAUAAUAUAAUUAUUGUAUAUAACUUUACGAUUUUUAGAAAUUUAUAAAUAAUGAGAUUUAUUAUAUUAU